UUCGCUGGACGCGGCGGGAGGCUCCAGAUCUAACCCGCCCCGGAGCCGCCAGCGCCGCAGUCAGGGCCACCCGGGUCGGGUCCGAACCUGGUGAGCUCUCAGCGCGGCAGCGGCGCGGGCUUCGCCGGGCCCGGACUGUCGGGGGCGCGGCCGGGGACAGGGGUCUCCCAGACCUGGCGAGUGGCAGCGGGUGUCGCGGAGGAUCCACCCCUGCAGGAGGACCUGAGCUCCGCGGGACGCCACGCCCGCCGCGCCGGGGAGAGAGCAGCGAGCGCCCGCCAGGGCGACAGGAGCGCCGCCGGCCACGCUGCGCGCUGCGGGCGCGGAUCCCCGCAGGGAACCAUGGACGGGUCGCGGGACAUCGGCAGCUUUGUGGUGUGGGACUACGUGGUGUUCGCAGGCAUGCUGCUCAUCUCCGCUGCCAUCGGCAUCUACUACGCCUUCGCCGGCGGCGGCCAGCAGACCUCCAAGGACUUUCUGAUGGGCGGCCGCAGCUUGACCGCUGUGCCGGUGGCCCUGUCCCUCACCGCCAGCUUCAUGUCCGCCGUCACUGUUCUGGGCACCCCCGCCGAGGUCUACCGUUUCGGGGCGAUGUUCAGUAUCUUUGGCAUCACCUACUUUCUUGUGGUGGUUAUCAGCGCGGAGGUCUUCCUUCCGGUGUUCUACAGGUUGGGGAUCACCAGCACCUACGAGUAUUUGGAACUCCGUUUUAAUCGGUUCAUUCGUCUCUGUGGCACAGUUCUCUUCAUUGUUCAAACAAUUCUGUAUACUGGAAUUGUUAUCUAUGCCCCUGCUCUGGCUUUGAAUCAAGUUACAGGAUUUGAUCUGUGGGGCGCAGUGGUGGCAACUGGGGUGGUCUGCACAUUCUACUGCACACUGGGUGGUCUUAAGGCAGUAGUCUGGACAGAUGUUUUUCAAGUUGGGAUCAUGGUGGCUGGAUUUGCAUCAGUGAUUAUCCAGGCUUCGAUAACUCAAGGUGGCAUCAAUGUGAUUUUAAGUGAUGCUUCUAACGGUGGAAGAUUAAACUUCUGGAAUUUUAAUCCUAACCCUUUGCAAAGACACUCGUUCUGGACAAUCAUCAUCGGGGGAACUUUCACAUGGACCAGCAUCUACGGUGUCAACCAGUCCCAAGUGCAGAGAUACAUUUCCUGUAAAAGCAGACUCCAGGCCAAACUGUCGCUCUACAUCAACCUUGUGGGCCUCUGGAUCAUCCUCACCUGCUCUGUGUUUUGUGGCCUCGCCCUGUACUCCAGAUACCAUGACUGUGACCCCUGGACAUCCAAGAAAGUGUCAGAAGUUGACCAGCUUAUGCCUUAUAUGGUACUGGACAUUUUGAGAAAUUACCCUGGAGUUCCCGGACUGUUUGUGGCCUGUGCUUACAGUGGGACAUUAAGCACCGUGUCCUCCAGCAUCAAUGCCCUGGCAGCGGUGACUGUGGAAGAUCUCAUUAAACCUCGCUUCAGGUCACUCUCGGAGAAGUCCCUGUCUUGGAUUUCCCAAGGAAUGAGUGUGCUGUACGGAGCUCUGUGCAUUGGAAUGGCUGCCUUGGCAUCCCUGAUGGGAGCCUUGUUACAGGCAGCACUCAGCAUAUUUGGCAUGGUUGGUGGACCACUUCUGGGCUUGUUUUCUUUGGGCAUCUUGGUCCCCUUUGCCAACUCUGUUGGAGCAUUCGCUGGUCUGUUGGCUGGAUUUGUCUUUUCUUUAUGGGUAGGAAUUGGAGCUCAGCUUUAUCCUCCACUUCCUGAGAGAACCUUACCAUUGUCCCUUGAAACCCAUGGCUGUAACAGCACACACAAUGGGUCAGACUGGAUGUCAACCACAGAAAUGCCAUUUUCUACCAGUGCUUUCCAAAUACACAAUGUGGAAAGGACUGCAUUGAUGGACAAUUGGUAUUCAUUAUCAUAUCUGUACUUCAGUACUGUUGGAACAGUGGCAACAUUGUUUGUGGGGAUACUUAUUAGUUUAUCAACAGGGGGAAGAAAACAGAACUUAGACCCCCAAUUCUUAUUAACCAAGCAGGACUUUUUAUCAAAUUUUGAUGCUUUUAAGAAAAAGAAUCACAUUUUAAGCUAUAAAUUGCAUCCUGUGGAAGAUGGUGGAACUGAUAACCCUGCCUUCAACCACGUGGAGCUGAACUUCACAGAUCACAGCGGCAAGACCAAUGGGACUCGCUUGUGAAGCAUCUCCAGGGAGAGAUGCUAUUGUUAGACAUCUUUUACAUAUAUAUAUAUAUAUGUUAUAUAUAUAUAUGUUUAUAUAUAUAUAUGUAAAAGUAUAAAGUUUUAGGAUAAUUGGAUCAGAUCAGUUUUCUUGUGCCAUGACUGUUUGGAAGAUGUAUUUUGCUAAAGCUAAGUUUUGACCUGGUUUGCUUUCUACACUGAUUUACUGAUGCUACCCCAGAGUGAGGAGUUUCAACAUCAGUAUGUUUCAGCGGAGCUACAGUGGUGAAUGUAAUGACCAGACACAUGUCUGAAAGGCAGAUACAGACGUACCCACAUGAUAAUUGAUGAUCAAAGGCAUAUUCUUACAUUUGGGCAUUACUGAAAAUAUUUUUCAUGCCUUUGGUGCUAGUAUCUAUGUUCUGGGAUUUUACUAGAAUCAUAAAUCUUAGAGAUUUCUUUCCUCCCUCUACAUAUUAUGUUUCUAGGUAGCAGUGAAAUCGGAGGAAUGGAGCAUAGCCGUGGUCUUUAGUUCUCCUGGAUUAGGCCACUGUGUAACCUUGUCACUAAUCCUGCUUCUGGAAUGCAGUAAACAAAAGCAUCCUUCCUAGGCUACCAUAGGGACCCAAGGAUCAAGACUAUUUUUAAUACAUUCUGUUUUUUCUUUUUUUUUUUCCCCCUGAGAUUUUCGGCUUUUGGCUAAGUUUAUUGCCGGUCACUGACUGUAGAUUAUAGAGUAUUGACUAUUAGACUAUUGACUGUAGAUUAUAGAGUAUUGACGAUAGACUGUUGACUGUAGAUUAUAGGGUAUUGACUAUAGAGUAUUGCCUAUGAACUGUAGACCACAGACUACACACCAUAGUUCUUACCUUCAUUCCCAGUUUCUGUUCCACCUCACUUGCUUUUGUUGCCUGGGAUGAAAUGUUCCAGCUUCCUUCUUGUUGCCUUGGGUUGGGAUAUGUCUCAAGACCCUCAGUAUGCAUCAUGCCACCUCUGUCCUUCCUUCACCGGGUCUCAGCCUAUACAUUAUAGAUGCUCAUGCACCUGGUAUUGACUAAUGCAUGCUUCAUCUAUAUUUGGUAACCCAAGAACAUUCUAUAUUUGAAAAUGGUAAAAUCCCAUGGAGUCACACAAUUGCUUUAGUGUUGUUAGGUUGAACUGCUAAUUGAUAUAUUUAAAGAGCUAAGUUUCAGUUGGGAAAUCUACUUUACUUUCCCACCUGUUCAGGUCACUAAGUCCAGGCUUUGUUCUAUCAUCGAAGAUUUCAAGCAGUAGUUUUGAAGUUCUUAGCCACUUACCUGGCUAUGCUCAGAGCUACAACUUGUAUUACAGGAUUUCAUCAAUAACUUAUUUUUCUAUAAUACCCACACUAGAUAUUGUUUAAAAGAUUUAAAAGUUUUCAAUAUUUUUAAAAGAGAAAUAUUGAUAUUUUUAGCAUAAUGUAUAAUUUUAUAUAUAUUUUGUCUGUCAUAUUUGGAAGGCUGUACUUUUUACUUUUUAAAGGCUGUUAACUGACAUUAAAAACUUAAAUGCCAAAAAUAUUAGCAUUUAUCUGAAGCAAAGAGAUUUCUGUGCCAUUUAAAUCGAUCAUAUAUUCAUGUGUUUCUUAUGUAUAUAGAUCUAUUUAUUGAUUACUGUAUUUGUAAACAAAAAUCAAGUUUUGUGACCCUUCCUUGAAGUACUCUAAUGAGCAAUGUCAAAUACUCUUAUAUGUAGUCUUAUGUAACUAUGAUUUGAAGUAUUGCUAUUUAUUAAAUGAUUCUGAAUGAAUAUGUGAGUGCUUCAGUUCUGGCAAUGAGAAUCAGGUUACUUGAAUAACUUUUUCUUUGAUCUGGUUACACAGAGGUCACAGAAUGUGUUCUUCAUGAGAAAUGAUACUCUAAAUGUUAAUUUCAUGGAUUUUCUGUAAGACAAAGCAUAUCUUUGUGACAUUUGGAACUAUCUGUGUUUUAUUUCUACAGACACACAGGAGUAUAAAAAGAUUUUGUUAUUACUUUAAAAGUAUUUGUUUUAACUUUUAAAAUUUGGGGCUAAUAUAAAGAUGGGUGAUAUGUCAGCAUAUUAUAAUAUUAAGCAAAUAAUCUUUUCUUAGUUUUAUUGAAUCGUAUAAUCUUUAGUGAAAAGAAAAAAAUGCUACAAGUCAUCUGUCAGUAUCUUUUGCUGCUAACAAGGACAUCUUUGAAUUUACCCAUAAAUUCCUUUUAAUGAUGGUGUAAGAGUUAGACUGCCUACCUUACAGAAAUAGUGUGAGUGCUGAAGACAAGAGCCUUGACAGACUAUGACUUCAUUAACUCAAAUAAUUUGGGGCAAAAGUAAUUUGCUAGUUGUUUUUUUUUGAACUAAGAAAAAUCUGUAUUAUCAUAAUGUAGAGAGAAGACCCUCCCUAAAAAUGUGUGCCACAGGAAUAAAACACAUCUGAUGAUGCGCGAGAUCAUUCCAACAGAAAGCCUGUAAACCUUAAAGAAAGACUUAGCUCAGUCCUGUUCAUUCUGUAGAGAGGUGAAAACUUUAUAGGCAAGAUGUGAAAUAGCACAGAGUCAUGUUUAUCAACAGAUGGAUUGCUUGCAUGUUUGUUUGUUUUUUUUUCUUUUGAGACUAGUAGUUACCAGUGUGGGCUGUUAUGUUCCUCUGGGACAUUUAAGUGGCCACAAUAGGGCCAAUGCCAUGUAGGGAGUAAAGUUUGGGAAAACUGCUUAGAGUCCCACUGGAUAGAACUAAUCAAUUGUGUUGGUAGCUUUGGAAACCAUGGAGACGAAUGCUGGUGCUUUGUUAGAGGCCAAGACUUGCUGUUUCCAUCUGAACACCAUUAGCACGAGGGGUAGUGACCACAUAUUUUCAGAGGAGUCUGAAAAUGUUAAGACAUCAGAAGUAGUGGGGAACUAUUUAGACCAGUCUUCGGCCAGCUCAGCAUCUCUACAUGGUUGCAAAUAUGGCCACACAUUAGGAUGAUAGGACAUACGUGACUGCUAAGAUCUCUUAAUUUCAUUUUAUUUACGACAAGCACAUGACAUGAAGUUUGUUUCAUGAAAUAGCUGAGCAUACGAUGUAGGUACACAGGGCAGGGUUGAGCUUGAGGCAGAGCAAGCAGUCCUUUGAAUUGAUUCUUAUAGGAAAUUCCCAGUCUGCCCAUAAAGACUGUUGAUAAGAAAUCAGCUGAGGAGUAGGGUUUGUGGUUCAGUAGUAAAGCUCUUACUGACUGUGUGUGGGAUCCUAGGCUUCCUUCCCAGGACCACUAAAAACCGAGCCAACAUGACCACUUAGUUCUUCAAAAUGUUUCUAAUGCAUUUAGAGUUAACUUGUGUACCAUUGCUUGUGAAAAUUUUGGCAAAGUUGGAUAUUUCCAUAUAAAAUAUGUCUACAAGUAUACGUUUUCAAUUUACUGAUUAAAAUUUCCAUAAAAAAAUCUUGUAGCUGUCUGUUCUUGGAGUGUCUGACUGAAUAUAGUGUUACCUGCCUUUAUGCAACAAUAUUUCUACCCUAUUUACUCCACAAAGGACUCUCUGGAACUAAAUGUUGUAUAUAAAUCAUGAAACCGAAAGCAAAUAAACUUGCAUAGUUUUGUCAUUGAG